AUGUCGAUUUCCAGUGCGAGUGGAAUUUAUUUAUUUCUUGUUGUAUUAUUUUCGAUUGUCAAUGGCAAUUUGGCUAGAGGUGUGAAUGGUGGUGUCGAUUGUGCUAGUUGUACAAUUGUUGUGGGUGUCAUUGAACAUCUCUCAAUUUUAUACAACGAAACUAUUGUCGCAUCACUCGAACGCUUCUGUAACUAUUUACCUAGUGAUAUUAAAACCUAUUGCAAAGUUGCUGUUGACUAUUUGGGCCCAAUUAUUGUCGAGGGCUUUCUGAAAAAUGAAACGCCUGAUAUCAUUUGUCAUUCAAUUACACUUUGUCGAGACGACCCAGGUCAGGCUAAAUGUCGUUUAUUUCAAUCAAAAUCAUUAUCAAAUCUUUCUCACUCGCAAAGAAGAGCGAAUUUAAGACAACAUUAUCCGCAGCUACCUUCUCUAUUGACUUCGAAAGCAUGUGAUCUUCCGGGUAUCAAAGAAAUUUGUAAAAUUUUUGAAGAAGUUUUUAAUAAUCACAUGCCUCUUGUUGACAUUGACGGUGAUAGAUUUGGCACUGAAGAAUCGUUUCGUGGUUCUGCGUGGCGUGGUAAAGAUUGCGAUGAUUUUUCAUCGAAAAUUCGGCCAGGUGCACGCUCAGUCAUGGGUGAUUAUGCUAUUGAUCAUAAUUGUAAUGGUAUUUACGGUAUGGAUUCUUCAACUAACAAACCUUGGGAGGAAGAAUUUUGUAAUGAUACUCAACGUUUGGGGAUGGCUGUUUUGGGAGAUUCAGUUUCCGCUCACUUUCAUAUACCUGAACAGUGGCUUGAUGCUCGACAAUUAUCUGUUGGCGUAUUCGAACAUUUAGUGUAUAUCAUUGGAAAUGAGCUCGAUUGGCCUCAAUUAUCCGGUACUACAGGUCAUAUUAAUAAUAGUUGGCCAAAUAUUGAAGGUUCAACUCGAUCGUUAUAUGCGCGUCUAUUUGAACUUGAUCAUUGUAAUCAUCGAGACUAUCAAAAUAUAGCAGUCAAUGGGGCGAAUAGUAAAUCCAUUCUUGAUAUUGUCAAAACACUGACACGUGAUCAAAAAAAUGACGUACCUCUUCUCGUUAUCUAUUCACUGGUUGGCAAUGACGUUUGUAAUGGUCACAAUGACACAGUUGCACGCAUGACUACUUAUGAAGAGAUGUACAAUCGUACAUUGGCUGGACUUGCUUAUCUUGAUACUGUGCUUCCCAUAGGCAGUCACGUACUAACAACUGGUCUUGCCAAUGGAAGUAUUUUAUAUGAGCUAUUGCAUGAUCGUAUACACCCACUUGGUCGAGUUGGUCCACCAAUAACCUAUUCAAAAGUCUAUUCAUAUCUUGAAUGUCUAGAAAUUUCGCCAUGCAAUGGUUGGUUGUCAUCCAAUGAGACACUACGGGCUUUUACUUCAGAACGUGCCGUUAAUCUAUCUAUUGCUGUACAUGAUGCUACUGAUGCUUACUCGUCUAAGAACUUUGAUAGUGGAUAUUUAGAUUUUCCCUUUGAUCAAGCCAUUCAAGAAUGGAUAUCACAAGGUGGUGAACCAUGGCAAUUGAUCGAAAGUGUUGAUGGAUUUCAUAUUAGUCAAUAUGGACAUGCAAUAACAUCUGAUGUUAUUUGGUCAUGGUUACAAUCAAAUAAACCUCAUUGGUUACCUCCGGUUAAUCCACAUAAUACCGAUAUUGAGCGAGUCUUUAAAGAUCAGGGUGGAUAUUAA